CUAAAGUCUGGCUCGUCUGUCUGGAUCCUCUUAAAGGCGACGCGUCUGUCUGCUGCCGCUGCUCAGUUUUGAUGGCAAAAAAAAGAAGAAAGUUGCUGUAGAAAAUGGUUGUCAGUCUUCAGGACGUGGACAGACAGACGGGACACGGUGUCCUCUGCUCCCUGGGCCACUGAAACCAUGCCACCCAUGCCCGUGGAGGUGGGCAGCAGCGGCAGCAGCAGCAGCAGCAACACGUCAGGCGGGAUGGUGCAGGUUUGCUUCCCCAGUGCUCAGGCUUCAGUGCUGGACAGUCUGAACCGACAGAGGGAGGACGGUCGACUGUGUGACCUGGCCAUCCACGUCCAGGGACAGGUUUUUAAAGCCCACCGCUGCGUCCUGGCCGCCUCUUCUCCAUAUUUCCACGACCAGGUUCUACUGAAGAACAUGUCCACAGUCUCUAUCCCGGCCGUGAUGGACCCCCUGGCGUUCGAGAGCGUCCUGAGCUGUGCCUACACGGGUCAGCUCCGUAUGCUGCGCGAGGACAUUGUCAACUACCUCACUGUGGGCAGCGUCCUGCAGAUGUGGCACAUCGUGGACAAAUGCACAGAGCUGCUGAAGGAGGGCAGAGUUGUCUCUGGGGUAGGGAACACUGAGGGUGGAGGCGGGGGAGGAGGAGGUGGUGGGGGAGGAGGAGCAGGCGGUGUGCAGACCAGAGGAGGCGAGGCGUCGUCCAACGCCGGUUGCAGCAGCAGCAGUAAUGGAGAUGCUGUUCCAGCGGGCGGUAACGGUGGCAUCGCUGGGGUCCAGGCUCAGGUGGUGGAGUCCCAGCUGGGCUCGGAGCGUCCGGCCCGUGUGUCCGUCAGCGAGAGCCAGUCUCCCAGCAGCACCAACUACUUCAGCCCCAGAGAUGGCACUGGUUUCGGUGGCAGCAGCGCGGCCAGUGUUGGGGCUGCAGCAGACGCCGGCCGGACCAACACCACUCCUAGCUACUGCCCCCUAUCAGGAGGAGACGAGGCCCUUCUUAUUGGGGAAGAGGAGGAGGAAGAGGAGGACGAGGACGAGGACAAUGUGCUGUACAACCAAAGAAGGAGAAGAGGAGGCAGUGGGAAACGGAAGAAGAACUUGUCAGAGCAGGAAGACGGAGUCAGUGACAGCUUUGGAGUUUCUUCUUAUCAGGAUGGUGAAGAGUCAGUGAUGCCACUGCCCCGACGUCCCACCUACAGUCAGCCCAGCAUCAUGCCUCGUAAACAGUGGGUGGUGGUGAAGACGGAACGUCCAGAGGACGACGACCUCAUUGUUGUAUCCGGGGAGGAGGGGGAGGGGUAUGAGGAAGAUGAAGAUGAGGUAGAGUUGGACAAAGGCAGUGAGAGGAAGGACUUCAACAUCUCCAACAUCAGAAGUCUGUCAGGUGAACCAGGAGGACGAGUUGAAGAUGACAUGGACUCACCGAUGGACUACUGCCAGUCUUCAGAAGACUACCUCAAAUUUGAAGGCAGUUUAAUGGAGCAGACUCUGGCUCAGCAUCUCCAUGACAACGCUGCAGGACAGACCGCUAACCGCACGGUGUCAGCUCUGCUGAGUCAGGUCCAGUCUGCAGCCACGGCUCGGGCCCAGCUCUUCCCCCUGGACAUGCAGGGAAACCAGAUCCUCCUCUACAGCCAGAGCCCUGGACUCUCUCUGGACACUCCUGCGGGGGCAGCUGCUGCGCCUCCUCUGGGGGUGGCAGGUGGCAUCAUGGGAGCAGCUGCUUUUAAAGGACACGGCCUGGAGCACGGUGCAGUCCACCUCUCCGUGCCAAACGGUCUGGGACUUGAUGGCAUGGAAGGCAGUGGGGGGAAUGCGGGGGGCAGUGGCGGCACGGUGAGCAGCGGGGGUUCAGGGAAGGUGUUCAUGUGCCACUGUGGAAAGACCUUCACCCACAAGAGCAUGAGGGAUCGGCACAUAAACAUGCACCUAGAUCUGAGGCCCUUCAACUGCCCCGUUUGUGCCAAGAAGUUCAAGAUGAAGCAUCACCUGACUGAGCACAUGAAGACACACACUGGCCUGAAGCCGUACGACUGCUCCGGCUGCGGCAAGAAGUUCAUGUGGCGAGACAGCUUCAUGAGGCACCGCUCAAACUGCGAAAGGCACGGAAGGCCGGAGGAGAGGGAUGAGGUAGGGAACGGGGGUGAGGGGCGCAGGAGGGGGGGAGGUGGAGCUGAAGAUGGGCUUGAUGUGAUGUCCUCCCCCCACCUCCUCCUGCAUAACGGUGAAGGAGGUCAUGGUAAUGUUGUUGGAGUGAGGCGAGGUUUAGGAGGAGUCUCCGUGUCCUCACCACAUCUUUCCAGCAGCGUGCUGUCAGCGCAGCAUGGCAACAGUGGCAUCCCAGCCAAGGGAGGUAGCAGCAACAGCAACAGCAGCAACAGCAGUAGCAAUGCUUCUCUAAGCAACAACAUCAUGGCCUCUCCUGCUGCUGUGGCGGGGGCUGCACUUCUGGUCCCACAGAGUCCAGGUCAGGGUCAUGUGACUGGCGUCUUCAGUGGUCUGGGUCACGGCGUGUGCAGUGAAGAGUGUGACAUCAGUGCCAACGACAGCAGCUUAACUUAGACCAAAGCCUGUUCCUAAAGGCACCUCCUGGUGACACCACCGAGCUGCUGCUCCUUGUCCGACACGACUCCACUGCCAAAGUGUUGCAUUUUCUGCCUGGUUGAAGUGUGAGUUGGACUGCGCUGCCUCAGGUCUGGCACUGAAGCUAGUCUUAGAUAGGGAUGUUCCGUGGUAACCUUUUGCAGAUAUUGUCCAAACGCUUCAUUUCCGAUUCCGAUAUCAACCGAUACCGACACAGGCCCGGUGAUAUUUAUUUAUGUUACGUUUCUGGCAUCAGCAUUCUGCAUACAGUCCCCUGAUUGUUGAAGUUAAUUAAAUGAGCUUGAAUGCUGCCAUCUAGUGACAUUCACUUUAAUAUUCAGUUUUUCAUAUAUGGUCCAGAAAAGAACGUUUAUGUGGGCUGUUGUUCUGGAAGUGGAGGUUUGUUGAGGUAAAAACAAACGAAAAAAAACAGCAGAAAAACUCUUAGCAUCCACAUGUCAAAGUCAAUGUUAAUGUGUUUUUUUAAAAGAACUUCUGCACUGUUGCAAUUUCACUUUAGUUCCGUGACACUUAUUGAUCAUACCUAAGAAUUCCAUCAUUUGGAAUUUGACUAAACAGAAGCUAAUGUCUGUUGUCUGCUGCUAACAAAGCCACUCUCUCCCUCUGUCUCUCUGUCUCUCUCUCUCUAACCGACACCCAUUAUUCUCUCAUUCAGUGAAUUCAGUAUAAACAGAUGUAAAUGUUGUCACUAUUCACCUGAAGUUCACCGGAAAUUCACGUAUCCAGUCAAUUAUUGGAUGGUAAGGGUUGAAAACACCUUGUAGUAUGUCUGAAACUGUAUGAAAUAGUAACCACACGACCCAGUAGAGGGCGCUAUAAGCACACCUUAACCUAAUAGCCUUGAUUGGCACUUUGUAACAGUGAGUCUGUCACCAAACUACCAAAACCACGAGAGAGUAUAAAACACGAGAACCUGUUGGUUUAAAUGUUGAAAAACUAGCCUUUUAAGUCGGUCACUGUUUUCCAGACAAAGCCCCUGGAGAAGGGGCCGCGG